AUGAAGGAUUGCUUAAAAUACUUUUACUACAAAAUAUUGCUGGAUGUCGGGCAGGAAACGGUAGUUCUAUCCGGGCUAAAUAAGCAGGCUGGAGAUAGUUUAAGACAUAUAAAGAACCUAUACGAUGAAACAAAGUACCUAAAAGCCUAUCUAGAGAAGUUGGAGGCAAAGGCCCACUAUGACAUGGUUAUGCGGCGGGCGGAGCGGCAUCCGCCGCCUUGGUAUAGGCGGAUUCUCUUUAUUUGUGGUUUAGGAGGGAUCUCUAUAUACGCCUGGUACAAAUUAGAUCCACAGGGUUGUGAAAAUCGUCUUCUUCAAAUUGGAAAUAGUUCUAGAAAUGUUCUUCAGUUGGCCGGAGAAUUCUUCACCAGAUCUGAAUCCAUUCAACAAAAUGUAAUCAUUAGUUAAAUAUAUUUAUAGUACAUGUUA